AUGCACAUCACAGGCACCGCAAUCCUCUCGGCCCUUUUCCUGGCCAACCUCGGCAUGGCCGUGGACUGCAACAACAGGUCAUACACGACUUGUGGCGACGACAAGAUCGUGCAGUACUACGACCUCGACACCGGCGAGCUGUGCUCCAUUCUCGACUGUGGCACCGAGACCUGCGUCAAGACCAAGGCUACGCUGGCCUGCUUCAAGGACAAAAUGCACUCGACUUCGACCGACGCCUCGUCGCACACCAGCACGAGCGGUGCGACCAAGACGACGGAUGACAAUCGGUCCAGCACUGCAAAGACUGGGUCUGAGUCCAGCCCAACGGCGGCCACGCAGACGGGAACGUCGACAAAGACGGACUCUGCAAAGGCCGACCAGAUAACGCCGGCUCCGACGCGAAGCGAUGCGUCGAGCGGUUCUUCAACGGCGGCAACUACGACGCCGGUCAAGGGGGCGGCGGCAGGCCAGUUGGCCCAGGCUAUGUGGACUGUUUUGGGUGUUGCUGCUGCCGGCGCUGCUCUGGUGAUUUGA